UUAGUGUAAAUUUAUCAUUUUUUUUCGUUGUGAAAACAUUGGACUACCGACAAGUGCUUGGCCUUGUCGGAAAGCUACAAUUCCGCUGUUUCAUGUGAUAUGCGUGGCUUCUCGCUAUGACGCAUGGUCGCGGAGAAAAUCAAUAGAGAAGAACCAUAGACUGUAUAAAAUAAUGGACGUAGUCGCCGUGACGUCAUCCGUCCGUUUCUGAAGAGUGGAUUUGAAGCUCAAAAUACUCCGCUCUGGACGUCGCCAUCUUGGCAGUGCCUGACUCCGCCCAACUCCCGGACAAUCAAAAAUGGGCAAAGAGGUGGGCCAAAGGAAGCCUGGCUGCCUAAACACGCCCACCUCGCUCGGCGCUGCUAAGUUAGCUAAGGCUAACAAGCUAGGCUAAGAAGCUACGAGGCUAAGAAGCUACGCUACUUUGGCUAGCCCUGUGGUGUUGGCUGCUCCCUUGGUGCCAGCUCCCUCACGAAACUUGAGCGUGGAUCAUUGGUGACAGCUAUGUCCGGCGUGGUGUCCAGAGAGCUGCAGAGACCUUGGGAAGCACCCUCAGCAUGCCGGGCGUCCGUGUCUACUGGUUUGGCUGACUGCAGUGGGGAGGCCUUCUCUCCUUCUUUUCGCACUCCCUGCGAGGAAGAGCAGCACCAGAUGUCCUCAUCUUCCACUGUGGCGGCAAUGACAUGGGGAAGGUCAGCAGUGUCAAGCUGGUGAGCAUGAUGAAGGAGGACCUGCACCAGCUUCACCUCCAGCAUCCUGGCAUUAAGAUAAUAUUUUCUUCAUUGGCCCAAAGGUGCAGGUGGGAGGCUGGUGGCAAUCCAGCAAAGAUUGAUAAGGCCAGGAAAUGUGUGUUAUGGCUACAUUUGUUCAUAGUUUAAAUGGUGCCAUAAUUGAGCACCCUCACAUCAGACACAUUCAUCUCACACCUAGGAGAAAUUAUAUGUUUUUAAGUAAAUUAGUUAAUUGUCUUAAAGACCACCUCCAAACGCAGUGAACUGCUUACAGUUGGCAGUGUUACUGCUUUUGAAUUUGGCCUUUAGGACACAUUUUGUUAGGCCUGAUCAUAGCCCAGGCUGUCAUGGCUAAUAGACCCCUUCACGGCCAACGUCAUCAAAUAGUUGCGCGCGCACUUUGGCAACGGAAGUGGUGUUGUUCCCCAGCGUUCCCCAGCCGUUCUGACCGACACAGACGAGAUAGCAAGCAUUUAAAAGUGGAUAAAAACUGUUUCCAGCAUCAAAAUGUCUGGUUGUUGCGUGUACGGUUGUCAGAAUCGAUAUUCCACCGGCGGACUAAAGUUUUACAGGAUUCCGACAGGAUCACGACCGUUUCAGAGCAACCGGCGGCGUCUGUGGCUGCAAGCGAUUAAACGUGUUGACUGGAAUGAGGACAUAAUCAAAAAUGCUCGCGUCUGCAGCGCCCACUUUGUAUCAGGUGAGGCAUCACUGGACUCUAGUAGUCCUGAUUUUGUGCCUUCUGUGUUUGUGUACACAAAACAAAGCCAGAACCCCGAGGCAAAGAUGGACAGGUACCAUAGGAAAAGGAGGAGAGAUGACAGACCUAACACUGCAGUAAAUCAACCUGCUCAUUCUGAAACUCCAGAACAAGAAUGCAGUAUGGAUCAUUGUCCUGCUGAGGAGGAUAUCCCAGUUCCAAGGAGAGAGUACGAUGAUCUGAACCUGAGACACAGUCAACUUCAGGAGGAGUAUGUCAACCUGCGACAGGAGUUUGACACACUACGAGCUGAAAAUGUAAAGCUGAAAGAGGAGCUGCAAAAAUCUACAUUUUCCUAUACCACUGUUAAGUGCAACAUUGGACAAUUGAUUUUUCACAGGACUGACCUCCGUGAUCUUUGA